AUGGGGGCCGAGAGCAAGGUAUCGUCUUCGCUCAAAGUCUGGGCCACUCUGGUAACAAACAGCGACUACCUCAAGGGCGUCUUGACUCUCAACUACCGUCUUCGCUGCGUUAAGUCAAAGUAUACAUUGCUAGUCCUCUAUACCAAUACUCUGUCUCAAGCCAGUCUUGAUACGCUCAAGAAACGCGACAUAAAAACAUUAGAAGUCCCACGACUAGCCCCUCAGAAUUCACAGGAUUACAUCGACGACCCGCGCUUCCUAGAAUGUUGGACCAAGCUUGUCGCCUUUUCACUGACCGAUUACUCUCGAAUUGUUCUGCUUGAUUCGGAUAUGUUACCUCUUCACAACAUGGAUGAGCUUAUGGAUCUAGAGCUGGAUUCACCGUCACUGAGCGGAUCCGGGGACGCGGUGUGUAGUAAGAAAGUGUUUGCUGCAUGCCAUGCGUGUACCUGCAACCCUCUGCGUAAGGCGCAUUACCCUCCAGAUUGGAAGCCCGAGAACUGCUCCUUUACCUCUCAGCAUAACAAUCCAGAACUGGCUCAGAGUACUGGGGCAGGUGCGUCAACAGGCCUGGGCAAGCUCAACAGCGGGCUCAUUGUCAUCAACCCCUCCUCGGAUGUCUUUGGACAAAUCAUCUCCAAGAUGGAAGAGUCAGGUUCUGAGUACCAAUUCCCGGAUCAAGACCUCCUUGCAGACCUCUUUAGGGAUCGUUGGAUUGCGUUGCCAUACAUCUAUAACGCGUUGAAGACAAUGCGUGAGCCUACAGUACAUGGGGCUAUUUGGCGUGACGAUCGAGUAAAGAAUAUUCACUAUAUCAUGAGCCCAAAGCCGUGGGACGAGGUUGAAGCUGAUGGGUCGUGGAAGGGUGGUCAAGAAACCCACAGAUGGUGGUUUAAUGCGUAUCAAUCUAUGCGCGCAGAGGAGAAGGCGCUUGAUGUUCCUGUUCGAGAUACUCGCUACGAAACUACGGUGGGGUAUUAA